AUGGUUCGAUUGCUUGAGGCGGUGCGUUUGGAGAGAGGAACCGGACCUCUCCUGAUACAUUGUCUGGACGGGGCUACUAGGAGCGGUUUGUUCACAGUGUGUCAUUUGUUGGCUGAACGAAUCACACGGGACCACUAUGUCGAUUUGUUUCACGUGGUGAAGGCCGUCAAACUACGCCGUCGUGCGGUGCUCGCAUCCAUGGAUCAAAUGCGUUUUGUUUAUCGCUUCCUGGCUCAAUGGAUUAAACAGACACUUGCUGAACCAUUGACCUCGUGGAUUGCUCGUCAUCCAGUAGGCUCCGUGGUACCGGGUUCAACUCAGAAUUGGCAGUGGCCUCAGUUAGUCGGACAUUUGCCGCCAUACGUACGCGUCGGGAUUUUCACACAUUCCCAACUUCCGGCACUGGUCGCUCAGCAUUCAUCCUCCAUGGUUGCUACGAAAGAGACCACGGAACAAACCUCUGAUCUGGCAAUUGGCUCUUGUCCCAUGCUCAAUUCCAGCAAUAGCGCCACAGAUUGUUGCCUUUCGAACAAUUUAGGAACCAAGGAAGCACUUUCAGUACCUACAUUGUAUCGGUAUUUUCAAGACGAACUGCUCAAUCAGCGGUCCACAUACAGUUUAAAGUUUGGUCAUCCUAUUUACCCUGGAACUUGUCCAGAUCCGAGUGAAAUGAACAGCUGGUCUUCCCCCUCCCUUGAUCAGUUUCGUGCUUGA